AUGCAUCUUAUCACAAUACUUUUGCCGCUAUUGCUGGCUGCACCUUCGGAGGCAGGGCCUCUGAGGAGGAGAGCACUGGUGCCGAGGCAGUUUGUCAACGGCACAACUACCGGCACUGGCAUCCAGCCGGCUACCACCACCUCCAGCAGCACGGGGACAUCUACCCCUCUGACCAGCCUACCCGUCACGACAAGCGCCCGGCCGACGACGUCGAGCACGCCAGCUAAGACCACGUCCGCCGCCAGCUCCAUGUCGAGCUCCAUGAAGCUGGGCCCCCUUGUUCCUCCUGCAGGAACUCAGACCACGACGACACAGUCAACAAGCUCGAGCUCGACGACCAGCGCCUCUACGACCACCGCAUCUACGACUAGCGUAGCAACGACUCCUUCGCUUUUGUCUUCAUCUUUGACGCGUGCAUCGACAACCUCUUCACUCCCGUCUUUGUCGACGAGUGUAUCGACAUCUGGGUCAGGAUCGGUGAGCACGGUGCCGACAACCGCUCCGACUUCAAGGGGAUUGUCGCCUAGCACUGGUUUCUCCACUUCCACGCGGGCCACGGCCUCGACGACCAGCGCUAGGGGAGUGCCGACGACGCUCGUUACAAGCAGCAGCAGCAGCAGCCAGAAGCCGGGGACGACUCCAGUGCCGGAUGAUGACGAUUUUGACGGCACUGUCACCAUCACAGUCACCAGGUCUAAGCCCACAACCACGCCCGUGCCGACUGCGACGACGACGCCCCUCGCACCCGGAAUCCCUGCCAGCUCCAGCAGUAGAGGAACAACGUCGACACUGUCGUCUGCUUCAGUCGCAUCUUCAUCGCUGUUCACGUCCUCGACUUCCACUGGCCGGAGGGGCAACACGGAGACUCCAACGGGCACUCCCGUUUCCGAGGUGCCUACGGCCAUCUACUCGAGGCCAGCCCCUACCGUCACGGUCUCCCCCGACGUCUACAGCGCCAACAAGGCGGACGCGCGCGUGCUCAACGAGCUCUACUCGUCGCUAAACCUCCAGUCCGCCUGCUCCGACGCCCAGAUCGCAUGCAUCAGCGGCAACGUGAUGACGUGCGCGGGCGGCGGCUUCGACGUGAUCACGGACUGCGUUGCCGAGGCGACGGCCGGGCUGCAGCGGAGCUGCUUCGCCAUGCCGAUGAACUCGACGCGCGGCGUCCAGGUCGGCUGCUUCAACGUCGACUUUGCCCGCUCCGUCCCUGACUUCGACGACCAGCACGAAGCCUGCCGUGGCCACCUCGACGAGCGCCUCGACGAGCAUUCCGACGAGCACUUCGCUGAGGUUCUCGACGCUCACCCCAAUCAAGCCCUCGAGCAGCGUGGGUGGCGGCGCCACCAUCACACCCUCCCCGUUCAUCCCGAGCUCGACUGGGGGGCCGGGAGUUAUCACUACGCCGCCAGCCCCCACGUCAUCGACCACGUCCCCGACCACGUCCGGCAACCCGCUGACUAA